AAGGUUCACUAGCCACACAGCUCCUCAGGUCUCAAGAGCUACAUAUACAGUGACUUGCCUCUUCCUUCCAUCCCUGCUGACUCUUUUGCUCACUGGUUUGGCCAUGAAGAGCGUUCCAUUGGUCCUUGUGGUCUUUGUCUUGCUCUCCUAUGUUCCACCAGUUAGGAGUGGACUGAAUAUUUACAUAAGACAAAUUUUUGAUUCAUGCUGGCUAUUCAAAGGCGCUUGCAAGGAAGAAUGUGACAGAGACCAAGAAGAAAUUUUUAACAUUUUGUGUGACACUAAAUUCUUGUGCUGUAUAGACCGUAAGGACAUGCCCACUCUGUUUGUGAAGUAAUUGUCACAUUCGUUUUAGUAGAUCAAGGAGUAGUUGUGGACCCAGAAAUCUCACCUCUGUCUCUCAAAUUGAUUGUACCGAUUUAUGUCCUCAACCAUGUUGUUACUUCUUAUUCUGGAUCCCGGCUAGUGUUUUCUAUCCCCAGCCCCGCUCUGGGGUAUGUAUACUAAUGAUACAUAGUAACUGAAUUUGUAUUUUACCUAUGACUAAUAAAUGUUUACAGAACGGUCA